AUCAUGUUCGGCGACAUGCUGAGUCCGUUCUCCCUCCUCGUCCUCCUCUUCCUCGCCUUGGUUUCCGCGGCCGGCGGCCAGAGCUACUCUAACAUCACUCGUGGAACCACCCUCACUGCCGGCGGCUCUCCCAGUUCGUGGUUCUCCCCCUCCGGGGAAUUCGCCUUCGGCUUCUUUCCGGCCGACUCCAACAGCACUAGCUUCCUCUUCGCUGUCUGGUUUGCCGCCACUUCGCCGCAGUCCGUCGUCUGGUAUGCCAACCCCCGCUCGCCGACGCUCCCGCCGCACGCCACGGUGCUCCUCACCAGCGACGGCCGCCUCUCCCUCCGCGACGAGACCGGCACCGAGAGGUGGGGCGCAGGUUCCGGCGGCGCUGUCGCCGCGUCAAUACUCGACACCGGCAACCUCGUCCUCGCCGGCGCUACUGGCGUCCUGUGGGAGAGCUUCGACGAGCCCACCGACACGUUGCUCCCCGGCCAGGUCCUACCGGCGGGCGCCUCCCUGCGCUCCCGGCUCACCGAUGCCAACUUCUCCGAGGGCCGGUUCAGUCUCAUGGCCCAGGCCGAUGGCAACCUCGUGCUCUACCCUUUGGCGCUUCCCACCGGGAAUCGGUACGACCCCUACUGGUCCACUGACACCUCUGGCGCCGGCAACGAGCUCGUCUACAACGCCGACGGGAGCAUCUACUACAGCCUAGGAAACGGCACCGCCGUGCCUAUAAACUCGGGGCUCAAUUACCCCCCAGAGAGCUUCUAUCAACGCGCGAGCCUCGACUCCGACGGCGUUUUCCGGCAGUACGUCUACCCCAAAAACAGCUCCGCCGGCGGCGGACUGACAUGGAACGUGGUGGCGAGAAGGCCAGAGGACAUCUGCCAUGCCCUUGUGUCCCACGGCCCAGGCAGCGGCGUCUGCGGCUACAACAGCUACUGCUCGUCGGAUGGAGGGCAGAACCAGAUCAACUGUAUCUGCCCUCCGGAGUACUCCUUCAUCGACCAGAACAACACGUACCUGGGCUGCGAGCAAAGUUUCGUGCAGAGGUGCGAGCUCUACGAGCAGAGCUCCUUCACGCUGAUUCCGGUCGACAACCUCGAUUGGCCUUAUCAGGACUACGAGCACUACACCAAUGUCGACGAACGCCAGUGCGGCGAUAUGUGCUUGCAGGACUGCUUCUGCGCCGUGUCAAUAUUCUGGAGAGGCGGCCGAGAAUGUUGGAAAAAGAAGCUGCCACUGACGCACGGCCGGAUAGGGAGCUACGUCAACCGCCGGGCGUUCAUCAAGGUGUCAAGAGACAACUCCUCUGUUUCAGUUCCAGUUCCAGUUCCAGUUCCAUUUGAAGGAAACCACGACCGGCGGCGGUCCAUAGGUGUAGCGGGAGCGGUUCUUUUAGGGAGCUCCGGCUUCCUCAAUUUGAUCCUGAUCGGAACGGUCAUCUCCAUGAUCGUUUGCUCCCGUAGAAACAAAUCAGAGAAACAGAGGAGCGUAACGGAGCUAAAUUUGCGAACUUUCUCCUACAAAGAGCUCGAGCAGGCAACGAAGGAAUUCAAGGAAGAGCUCGGAAGAGGCGGCUUUGGCGUCGUAUUCAAAGGGGAAUUGCCAUCAUCGAGCGGGAGCACGAAACUCGUCGCCGUGAAGAGAUUGGACAGGCUGGGGAAGAUGAUCGACGACGACAGCGAGAAAGAGUUCACUAAUGAGGUGAGAUCGAUCGGGCAGACGCACCACAAGAACUUGGUGAAGCUGAUCGGCUACUGCCACGAGGAAUCGCAGCGGCUGCUGGUGUACGAGUUCAUGAGCAGAGGGUCGUUGCAGGAGUUCCUCUUCGGCGGCGAGCGGCCGCCGUGGGAGCAGAGGGCUUCGAUCGCGAUGGGAAUCGCGAGGGGGCUCAUGUACCUCCACGAGGAGUGCAGCGUCCCGAUCAUCCACUGCGACAUCAAGCCAAAGAACGUUCUCCUCGACGACAACCUCGUCGCGAGGAUCGCCGACUUCGGCCUCGCGAAGCUGCUCCGGACGGACCAGACGCGGACCAACACGGGGAUAAGGGGAACGAGGGGGUACGUGGCGCCGGAGUGGUUCAAGAGCAUGGCGAUCACGAAGAAAGUGGACGUGUACAGCUUCGGCGUGAUGUUGCUGGAGAUCGUGAGCUGCCGGAGGAAUCUUGAGACGGAGACGGAGACGGAGGAGGUGGCGGAGGACGCGGUGCUGGUGUAUUGGGCCUACGAUUGCUACAGGGUAGGGAGGUUGGAUCUGCUGCUUAGGGACGGGGAGGAUGAUAGGGAGCGGAUGGAGAGGUUCGUGACGGUGGCCAUCUGGUGCCUACAGGAGGAUCCAGGGUUAAGGCCGUCGAUAUCGGCGGUGGUGCGGAUGCUGGAGGGAGGAGUCCCGGUGGCGGUGCCGCCGGAUCCUUCCACAGACAUUCAGUCCCUGCGGCAGUAAAUAAUUACUUUGUAAUUUGGAUUAGAGUAGUAAUUUCGAACUACAAAUGCUUAAUUAUGCAAGAACAAUAUCGUAGUUAUCAUGACUCAUGAGCAUUGUGUACUUUAGUAUUUGGUGCUUAAACCAGCCUUUGCUAAUUUGCUUAUACUGUUGUAAUUCCUAUGCUUAGAUUUUGU